GGGCAAGGCUACAUGAAUGCUGCAAUGGCUGCCGCUGGGAACCAAGGCUUGGGGUAUACCACUGUACCUAUGGGAUGGAAUCGUACUAUAUGGGGAGAUGGCUCGGUCGUCUACGUAAGUCCAAGUGGCCACCUUCUGCAUUGUGCCGAUGAGCUUCAGCGAUACCUCCUUGCAGAAGGCACUUGCAAAUGUGGAUUAGAAUGUCCGCUGAUCAUCGAUAGAGUGUUCAACUUCAACCCUAGGGUGCCGGCAAGACCCAAGCUACCAUCUGACAUCCUUCAGCGGAGUCAUCUCCAGACUCUCUGCAAGCAUAGACAUAAGUUAGUUGCCAUGGCAGCGGGGCUUCAGGGGAACGAGGAGAGCCUGACAAACAUCGGUCCGCCUGGGGAGGCUUGGCAGCGCCUGGGAGAAGCAAAGCAGGAGUGAAGAGGGCAAGGUCAAAGUCGAAACCCGAGACUGGCGGUGAUUUUCAGUAUCCCAACCUUUCAGUGUCGCAGAUCUUAGCACUACAACAAGGCAGGCACCAGCACCAUCCGCAAAACAUCACCAAACAUAUGCCUUCAAUGGAAU